AUGAAAGCAACAGGAGUUUCACGAGACAGUCCGUACAGGGACGUGCCGGCAGCACCGCGAUUAGCAUUUUCUCAGGGACAGCCCAGCACAACGUCAACUGGGACUUCUUGGGCAUCCCAGGCGUUACAGCGAGGUCCAAGCAACAAGGACCCUCUCACUGGCCACAUGCUCAGCUGCUCUGCAUCAGCGCAUGUGAGCGGAACGUCCUCCCUGAGAGCACAAGAGCCGAGAGGGUUUUAA